AUGACCCGGUUCCUAUGUUCCGGUCGCAUCCUGGGUGGCACCGCCAUUCUGCUGUCCACCAUCAUUAUUUUGAUUGUCUUCGCCAACCCCCCACAGACCCGAAUUCUCCACAGUUCGUCCCCUCAAACCACAACCCCCAAGCACAAUUCGUCCGCCCCAUGGCACCCCGAUGAUGUGCGAUGCAGCAGCGGAGUGCCCGACACCUCCCACAUCCAGGUGGUGGUCAAGACAGGCUCGAACAUCAUCUACGAUAAGCUGCCCACGCAACUGCUCACAGCCUUGCGAUGCUGCCAAGACCCGCUGAUAUUCGCCGACUCCGAGCAAGACAUCGGCGCCUACCAUGUCUAUGACGUGCUGGCGAACGUCAAUGAAACGCUGAAGGCCACGCAUCCCGAUUUCGCCUACUACCGCACCAUCAAAGAGUACUUGUCCGCGGGCCGGGACAUCCGGCAACUCCGCACCUCGCGCCAGGCCGCCUGGGACCUGGACAAGUACAAGUUCAUCCACAUGCUGGUGCAGACCUGGGCGCGUCGGCCCGGCCACGACUGGUACGUGUUCGUCGAGGCCGACACGUAUCUCUUCUGGGGCAAUCUCGUGCAGUGGCUGGCGCGGAUGGACCCCGCCCAGCCGCUCUACCUGGGCUCGGCGGCGACGUUCCAAAGCCAGAAGUUCGCCCACGGAGGAAGCGGCGUGAUCCUGUCGCGCGAGGCGAUGAGGCGCGUCCUGGACGGUGAUGCCGAUCUGGCUGCGCGAUACGACGAGCGCAUGCACGACGAGAUCUACGGCGACUACGUGCUCAUGAAAGCCCUCAAGGAAAAGGGCGUCGAGUUGACCAAUAAAUGGCCCAUGAUGCAGGGCGAGAAGCAGAAUACGCUUCCUGUGACGCCGGUGGAUGUUAAUGAGAUGUGGAACUACGAGCAGCGUCGGAAACAUCCGCAGGACCCGCUGCUUAUUAGUGAGCUGUAUGACUAUUUCAUGGGUCGGCAGCGACAGAAGUCGCCCUCGGAGAUGACCCCCGUCGAGAAGGAAGCGUAUAGCUCUUUUGAGCAAUGCCAGAAGGCGUGUCAGGAGCAUUCCAAGUGCUUCCAGUUCGCUUACCACGAUCAGACCUGUGGAUUCUCCUUCUCCUAUCGGCUGGGAUACCAGAAAGAUCCUGAAGAUGGUAAGGGAUCGUAUAAAUCCGGGUGGAUCUUGGAUAAGAUUGAGAAGGACCGGGAAGAUCACCCGUGCAAGACACCCGAAUGGCUAUAA